AUGAUCCUGCUUUGUAGCCUCACACGUGCAGAUUACUCACUCUUUGGUACCUCUCCUCCACGUCCUCACACUCCCAUCCGUGUUUCUCCCGCCUCCUGCUUCCCCUGCUUCUCCCGCUCAUCCUGCUUCAUCUGCGUCCCCUGCUCCUCCUGCCCCCCCAGCACAGAUUUCGCCUCCACAGCGCCAGCCAUCCCUGCAACAGUGCCAGAGGCUCCACCUUCCUCCUCCUCCUCCAUCUGGCCGCUCAUGGUGCUUGCACCCCCAUACUUUGCCUCUGCAGCGCCAGCCAUCCCUGCAACAGUGCCAGAGGCUCCACCUUCCUCCUCCUCCUCCUCCAUCUGGCCGCUCAUUGGCGGGAUUGUGGCUGGCGUCGUUUGUCUUGUUCUGUUCCUGGCUGUUGCGUGGUGGUGGUGGCGACGGCGGCAGCAGCAGCAGAGGAGUACAGUAGACGAAGAGGGACUGGAGAAGGACGAAAUCAACGACCCGUUGCAUGAGGAGAUUCUGGGCCAACUGCAGCAGCUGCAGCGGUUUCGCAUGGAGGACCUUCGCAAGGCAACGAGCGGGUUCAGCAGCACUCUUCUGCUGGGGGAGGGGGGGUACGGGCUGGUGUAUAGAGGGAGCCUCAGGGACGGGAAGCAAGUGGCAAUCAAACUGCUCAAGAAAGAGAGGCGCGGCAGCGAGGAGGCGUUUAUCAACGAGGUGACUGCUAUAAGCGGCGCCGUGCACCGCAACCUGCUGCGGCUGGAGGGCUUCUGCGUGGAGAAGGGCGAGCGGGCGCUGGUGUUUCCCUUCCUGCCACAUGGCUCCGUUGCUGACUACCUCAAAGGUGGCAAGAUGAGAAGCGAUGCAACACCGCUGACGUGGAAGCACAGGAGGAAGAUCGUUCUGGGGAUAGCUGAGGGGCUGGCAUACAUGCACACGGACUGCACUCCCAGACUCAUUCACUGCGAUAUGAAGGCCGAGAAUGUGCUUCUAACGGAGGACAACGACCCGGUCAUUUGCGACUUUGGCCUGUCAAAGCUGGUGGAAGUUGACGUAAUACCCUCAGCUGCCAGGGGAAACAGACCCAGUGCAGCAGUGCGGGGAACCCUAGGCCACCUGGCCCCAGAGCUCUACAACACUGGCAAGUGGUCGGAGAAGACUGACGUGUUUGGCUUCGGCGUUCUGCUAGUGGAGCUCGUUGCUGGCUGCAGCGUUUUCGACCUGCCCAUGGGCCACCGUGUGGAGAUGCAGCAGGGGCAUGUAGCGACGCUGGUGGACGUGCAGAUCCGAUCCCAUCCCUCUCACUGCGACCCUCUGGAAGUGCAGGUCUUCCUGCAGGUGGCACUCCUCUGUCUGCAGCAGUCCCCGUCAGACCGCCCCACCAUGAGCGAGUGUGUGACCAUGCUGCAGGGCACGGGCCUGGCGUGCCGGUGGCAGCUGUGGCACAACACAGGCCUGGAAGAUGGAUUGCAGCCUCCCGAUAUGCCUCUGGUGCAGGAGCAGGGAAAGCAGCAGCCGGAACAAUGGCAGCUGCAUCAGGAAAAGCAGCAGCAGAAGCAGCAGAAGAAGCAGCAGCAGCUGCAGCAACGGCAAGAUCAGCAGCAAUUGCAAGGCAACGAACAAGGUGUGGAGAAGGUAGCGAAUCAGGGGCAAAGAGUAGGACAGGUGUGGGCUGACGAGCAUGCGUUGGCCCAGGCGUUGGGAUCAGGGGAGGAUGUAGCGCAACCGCCACCGCAGAAAGGGCCAAUGCCGCCGCUGCAGCAAGCGCAACCGCCGCCGGGGCAAGCGGCGGGUGAGACGGAGGUGCAAGCAGCACAGCAGAAGCAGAAAGGCUCGGGCAGGGAAAGUCCACAGGAAAAGGCCGGUCAGCUGGAGGAAUACUCGAAGAAGGUAGAGGGUCAGAAGGAAGAGGAGGCUGCAAAGGGAGAGGAAAUGGAGGAGGGUAGUGGAAAAGAGCGAGAGAGGAAACAGGGGGAGCAAGGUAAGGGUGGGGAGCACUGGGAGAGGGGGGACUGGGAGGUCAUACCAGGUGUGACCUCCCAGGGAAAGGCGGAGGGAAAGGCACAAGGAAAGGCGGAGGGAAAGGCGGAGGGAAAGGCGGAGCGAAGCGCAGAGGGGAAAGAGGAUGGUGGUGGGAGGCCGAGCUAUAGACAGGGAUCGAGAUUCGACAGGGGGGCUGCGAUGGAUGCUAUGAGGCGGAGGAGGGAGGGCGAGUGCUGGAGCAAGGAGGAGCGGCUCCUGUACCACACGGCGAACCCAGACCCCCCGUCAGCAGCCUUCAAGGCAGCAGUCCGGGCGCAUGAGGCGAUGCAGAGGGAGUGCAUGGGGAGUGGGAAAACGGAGGAGUGGGAAUGGGUGCGGAGUGGCGACUGGCUUGGGAAACCGCUUGGUCUGGGCAACCGGCUAGUGAACCACGUGAAUGCGCUCACCACACAGCGGGCCAUCAUCACCACGCCUUGGUCUGGGCAACCGGCUAGUGAACCACGUCUGGGCAACCGGCUAGUGAACCACGUGAAUGCGCUCACCACACAGCGGGCCAUCAUCACCACGCCUUGGUCUGGGCAACCGGCUAGUGAACCAUGUGAAUGCGUUCGUCUGGGCAACCGGCUAGUGAACCAUGUGAAUGCGUUCAUAUUGGCGCUCAUCACCCAUCGGGCCAUCAUCACCACGCCCUGGUCGUUUGUGGUUCGCCGCUUCUGCAACCCCUUCGGCGGCUCCACCUCCUGGUCGCUGCCCCUGCCUGUGCACAGCUCGUUCAUUGGCGUGGUUAAGAACCGAACGCUGGAGUUUAAAGAAGUGGUUAAAUACCAUGCAGAGCAAGGAGCAGCAGCAGGAGGAGGGGCGGCAGCAACAGGAGGGGUAGCAGCAACAGGAGGAGGGGUAGCAGCAACAGGAGGAGGGGAAGCAGCAACAGGAGGAGCAGCAGCAGGAGCAGCAGGAGCAGCAGGAGCGGCAGGAGCAGCAGGAGCAGCAGGAGCGGCAGGAGCAGCAGGAGCAGCAGGAGCGGCAGGAGCAGCAGGAGCAGCAGGAGCAGCUGGAUUGUUGGAGCUGUCAAGGGAAGAGGUGGCUGCGUUGAUUCAAAACCACACUGUGAACAUUCAUCUGGCUGGCAG